GUACGCGCACCGGUUGAGCACGAUACCUGUUGUCAUAACCCUGUCAUUGAUCAUGCCCACGACGAUCGCUCUACGCUUUAUUUGGCCUUCGAGCAUGGCUCCCGACCGCUUGAGGGAUCUGCUACAGCUGGCACGGCCGGGCUGGCGGCGGAAGGACGUCGAAGCCAUCGAAGCCAGGCUGUCGAGGGUGGGCAUCACUACCGUCAGCGAGCUGCAGGCGGCGGUGCUCAGCAAGACGCUGAACCAGACCCUCCACCGCAGCCAGCAGAAGCCUUUCCCGGCCGUGACCUUGCGGGCGCUGACCGCGGUGGCCGAGGGCCUGACGGAGAGUACAGGUGAGAUGCCGAGGCCAGACCGCGAAGGUUCGAAGGAGGAGUUCCCGAGGCUCCACGGCCUCUCCCAUGUGUCACGUUCGCCGAGGUGGACAUUUAGCCUGUCCUCCGGCGAGAACAUGAGAAGGUUGCAACCCCCUGGCCCUGGAUCGUAUGAUCCCUACAUCGAUGCAUCGCCAGACUUCGCGUCGCGACAUUCCAAGGGCCCCAUCUUUUCGUUUGGGCUCUCGAGCAGAGACGGUAUGGGCAAGCCGAAAAUCCCGGGACCCGGUGCCUACGAGCUGGCCAAGGAGGCCGGGUCGGGUGCGUCGAAGUGGACAAUCACGCCGAGGCGUGAGAAGCCGGGCGCCAGCGCUGCUGGCACCGCCGGUGCCGGCACUGGCACUGCUUCGGCGGCGACCACGGGCGGAGCCGCGGCCCCGGCUGCGCCGGUCACCGGCUUCGGCGAGACGCCGGGCCCGGGGGACUACGAGAUCGAGGCGCUGCUGGGCAAAAAAUCGCCAAAGUACUCGGCAGGGAAGAAAUUCGACUCGGGCGAGGCCGAGAAAUGCCCAGGGCCUGGCGACUACUGGCAGGCCUUUGGGUCCCUGGAGCUGGGCCUUUGGCGGUGUGGCUUGGGGCUUGGGGUUCAAUGUCUAGGGCCUCCAGGGUUCAGAGUUCAAGCGUCCUCUCAGGAGCUGUGGCUUUGCCCAAGGUUCCAACUCCCAAGGUCGAAACCUGCGCCGACUUCUUCCUCGCCCCAGGGUCCGAUGCCCCAAAGCCUCAGCCCUACGUCUUCCGCACAACACUCUUUGAGCCCAUAA